CGCUCGGUAAGUUACUUUUCUUUAAUGCACGAAUUUUGACCGAAUUUACAGUGAAAGCAAUCGUACAGCAGGUGUUUGAUAACAACAUUGUCGAUUGGAAUUGUUGCUAUGUGUGACAUUGACUGAAGGUCAUCAGUAAAGUAGCAAAAUGACAGCAGGAUCUAUUGCCGUUCCGACCAUCAUUCCUCUACGACUUCCUCAACAUGGACGAUCUAAAACAUCAAUUGACUCCAACACAAAGAUAGAGCUUCAUUCUGACACUAAAGAUGUCGACAUCCACUACACAAUCAAUGGGACGAAGCCAGACCCAUUUCCCAAAACGGGGGUUGUCAGAUGUACCAUGCAAUAUGUGGGUCCUUUCACCUUACCUCCUGGAAAACAGACAGUCCGAUGUGUGGCAGUAUCAAAAGAUGGUAUGCGAGAAAGUAACAUUUGUACAAAGGUUUUUGAAGUUGAAUAUGUCCCCGGUCCUUCUAUGAUGCCAGAAGACGAUGAUCUAGAAUUUCAGGAGGAGAUUGAGAAGGAGCAGCAGAGAUUAAAUGUAAAGAGAGCUGCCAAGAACCUGAUGCUUUCAAGUAAAUCAGCUUGGACUGAUGUAUCAGCCAUGAAGAGUGCAACACAGAAAAUGUCAGACAUGCAUGUGAGUGGGAGCUCUCGACAUAAGCCUCAGGCUGAGCCACGAUUCCUGAAUUCCAGACGGGGAGAGGGAUCCUCUGCUCCAGGGAAGUCGUAUGAACUUAGUCGUAAUGACCGUUACUGGGACAGACACCAACAGGAGAGUGUGGCUCCAAACUCCCGACACCAGCAGCAGGCAGACUACAUGAGGAAUGUAUAUGGUUAUGCAGAUAGACUAUCAGAACAGAACCCUGCUUACUAUAACUCAUCGUACAACAAUAACAUGAUGGCUUCACAGCAACCUCUGACUCCGUAUGGAACUGGACGCAAGAUGGAUAUAUGUACAUACUGUAAGUCAAUGGUACCAUUCAACACCACACAUUGUGUCGUCUGUGAGGGCCCACUGCCAGGUGCUCAUCUCGUCGACACCAAACAUGUUCCAGUUCCUAACAAUUUUCUGCCUGUAAGUUUCCCAUUGGAUGAACCCCCUAAACGACCUACAACAUCUGUCAGUACACAGACAGUGGGCCUCUUCUACCCGUCGGAGAAGGGACUUAGCAAGAAGAAAGAACAGGAAGAGGAGAAAGUAGCAUUUGAGAAACAGAUGAGGGACAGGAGACCUCUACUGACUUCAGUCAGUCCAGGCAAAGGUUACUGGAGGAAGCAGAUAGAUCACAUCAGUCAGCACCUUAAGGUUCACGCACAAAACGACGCAGAGUUCAGGGCCCUGAUUGGAGAACCUAAAAUGGGCAAGCUGUUGACGAGUACAGUCCAGGAGGACGGGUACGAGUUGAGUGUGACUUUGACAUUCGCCAUACGAGGAAACAAGGACCCUCUGACAGGUCGUAAACUUGGAAUCACAGGAGACUAUUUAAGCAUGCAUACAGAGAGAUCCAACAUGUCUACCUACCGUAGUGACGAUGAAGUAAGUGAUGAUACAACGAUACCCAUCAAAACAAAAACUACAAAGAAAAGACCCAAGAAAAAGCCUGGUCCAAAAAUCGCUGCCAUGGACCAGAAGCUACUGAGAGAAUUGGGCGCGUCUGGGGAAGGUGACCCAACUGAGGUCCAGCAGCUCAUUGAUGAGGGAGCAGAAGCUACGUGUACCAAUAAGGAUGGGCUGGCGUGUAUAUAUGUUGCAGUGAAGAACAAGAGAAUUGACUGUCUCCCCAUCCUAGUGGAGAAUGGUGCUGAUGUCAAUCAGAAGGGACCAUCUUCUAUAAAAGGAAACACUCCCUUACAUGAAGCUGUCAAUCUUGGUCCAUCUGGUUUAAAGACCAUUGAUGCUUUGUUAGGAUGUAAUGCUGAUAUGGCACGGAAGAAUGAUAGAGGAGAAACAGCACAUGAUUUGGCCCUGAAGGGAGGCUAUGAUAGCAUAGUGGACAAGUUCAACGCCUUUAUGGCACAGUCAACGCUGAAGAGGAUGACCAAACCAAAACAGAGCAGUUACUGAGGCAUUGUGGGAAAAGACGAGGAGGCAUCCAAAUAUAACCUAGGAUUUUACUGGAUAUUUUUAUUGACUUGUUGAGUCCGAUUGGCGAGCUUCGGUAGGUUAGGAAGUAGGUUAGGAUAGUCAAGAUUCCUUUGUGACAAAGGUCAAGGUCACACAUAGUCUGACAUAGUUAAGGUUCUGGGUUGAUGUAGUACCGGUAACUGGGUUUUCAACUUAGGUUGUCAUGGAAACUUUUUCUAUGGCUAUAUCUCAGAUGUAGGUUGCUAUGGUUACCAGGUUUUCAAUGUUUAAGUGAUUUAUUUUUACAUUAAUAUUGUUUAUCUAUAGAAACCAAGAACUAGACAUUGGUUGUUAUGAUGGAAAUCUCAGAAAUGUGAUGUCAGUCGUCUCGUUGUUAUUAACUUCAGUUUUAUAGUUGGAUUGAUCGGCCGUAAUAAAGUAGGAUAUAUUUCAUUAAACAUGAAAUUCUGCAUCUAUCAGACUAGAUUCUGAUUCCAGGUUUUGUGGUUAACAAAGUUAGAAAACGUUGUCUCCCUCUGGAAAAUAAAAAUGGAAUGGUAAAAUGAAUCUGCAUACUGAAAAUAUGUACCAGUGUUAGGCUAUUCUUGUUUCAAAUUUGUCGGUGACUCAAUACGUGACAUGUGUAUUUGUUUUUCAACACCUCAAUUUUCAAUCAUGUUAAAUAUUUAAUUCUUCCUGUGUGCAGAGAUUCAUAACAUUAAUUAAUAGGAAUGAACCAUCUUUUAAUAGUAUAAAGCAGAUUGAAAGAGUUGGUUGUAGUUAUUAGUGGUAUUUACGAUACUGAGGGUUACAGAUGGUAUUCCUAGAACAGUCUAUCUGUCAUUUACUGAGUAAUGCUUGCUUUCUGUGAUUAAGUAAGGUACAAGCUAAAGUGUGCAGCAAUGAAUGUUUUUCUAAUAUUUUCUACAAAUAUCUUUUGAUAUUGUGCUAAAAAUUUCCUUAUCAAAAUGAUAUUUAUAUAUGAUAUUAUAUUCGAUAUAUCAUAUUAAUAAAUGUACAUAUGAUUAUAAUGGAUAGUUUAUGUUCAGACAAGUCUGUCUCAAGACCUCCACUUUCUCAGAGAAUGUUGUAAAUAAAUCAUCUCAAAAAUGUUGGAUUUUUCAAUAUGAGAAAACGAUGUUGUGAAUCUUAUCUAUUUUUUUAAAGGAUAAAAGUGUUUGAAUGAAAUAUUGAUUUUGUGGAAACAUGCCGUCCUAUUUUUAACAAGUUUUUGUAACUUAUGUGGAGGAAUUCCACAGAGUGGUGUAUAAAUUUUUAUCAUAGAUCUUUUUAAACAUUUGAUAUCAAACCUGACUUUUACAUCUCCCCUAAAUCUCACAUUGUUAACCUCUUUCACUUCAGUGUUUUGAGUGAGAAUGUGUAUGUAAUUUAGCAAUAUCUAAGGGAGAUAACUUUGUAAAACCAGGCAGCAUUCUCCUUACUAGUGAGGUUACAUACCAAGUUUAGGUAGUUGGUUGAAGAUUUUGUUCCUUUGAAACAUUAACACAAUAUUCUAACUACUACUGUAGUAAUACUACAGUAGAAAUCAGGCGUUCCUAGUUAGGAUGAAAUGUUAGUGAUUUAUUUCAUUUCAUUUUUGGUUUUCAACAGAAUCUUGUUUUACAUUUUGUAAAGUCAUUGUUUGUACAUAACACCUUAACUCUUUGUUCUUUAAAUUGUUGUCAGAAUGAGUGGUCUUUGUUGUGUAAAAGUUUGUUGUAAGUAUGUGUGUUGUUUUUGUAUGGAAUCUAUGCUCCUACUGUGAUAAUUCCCCUUUACACAUUAUAAAUCAUACUUAUAACUCAUAUAUAAUAUAGCGAAAACUAUUGAUUAUAAUGCGACUAGUUUUAUUUUAUACUCAAACCAUGAAACCAUGCCUGUCAUAUGCAAUGUAUUCCGAAUCAUGCUAAAAUGGCUUGGUCAUGUAGAAAAAAGUUUAUAAUUUAAUAGUUAUACCAUAUUUUUUCCUGAAAGUUCUAUUAUUUAUGCAUGUAGUUCAACAGAAAUUCAUCACCAGGCCUUUGCAUUUGUAAAUUUUAAUUAUUAUAAUUAUGUAGUUCAUUUUAUCAGAAGUCAGAAACAUUGAAGCUGGGUCAUACUACCAUGCUGAUUUACUGGUUCCCUUGGCCUCAUUUUGGAUGAAGCAUGAGAGCCAAUGAGGGCUGAGAAUACCAUCCUACUGACCAAUCAGACGUCCACAUUUAUAGAAAAAAUACAUUAUGUAUAAUCACUUUUGGUAAAACAAGUGCAAAAACUUGGGGGGGGGGGUUUGUGUUGUUUUUUUUAAUCACAUUUCAAUUUUGUGAGAGAGAAAAAGUUAAUUUACAUACAUUUCAUAUUUUCUGUUGGUCUGUAGACAUGGACUUAACAUUAUCAUUUCCUGAUAUUUCAGUUAAACUUCAUUUUAUCUUUUAUAAUACUGUAAUGCCAUCCCAUUAAAUUACACUGGAUAUAUCCAUGUACCUUAUAAAACUUGUAAAGAUUUAAAGAAGUGUAUUAAUGUUUAAAGUGGGGCAUUUGCCUGUAGCAUAUUGUAAUAUAUGUACAUUUUUAUAGAAUAAAGAAAUAAUAUAUAACUCUUAA